CUUCUCGAUAGUCUUGCGACGCAGUGAUUAUGAGCGAGAGCGGCGGUGGCGGUGGCAGACCGGCAGGGCCGUCGCAGGGGGCGGUUCCUCUCAAGCAACCGCCUCGGGAAAUUCCGGCGUUUCUCCGGCCGCUUCGAUUCAUGGGCGUGCCAAAGGCGGUCCUGACAUGGCAGCCUAAGAUGCCGUCUCGAAACACAAGCAUCUUCCUCGGCGUCACCAUCACUCUCGCCUCGCUCUACAUAUACGAUCGAAGAGAGUGCGAGAGGAUCCGGCAGGAGUACAAGGACAAGGUCAAGCAUCUGGCAGACGAGCCGCUCCUUCCGCGAGAGUACCCGCGCAAGGUCCUUGUCUACACUGCAAGGAGCCCCGGCGACGACGACUACGAAAAGAGCUUGCUCUUCUUCAAGAAAUACGUCAAGCCAAUCUUGGUGGCUGCCGCCAUUGACUGGGAGGUGGUGAAUGGAACGAGACACGGCGGCCUGGCAAGGGAGCUGAGGGAGCGCAUCUUUGCGCGAAGGCGCCAGCUUCUCGGUCUGGAGCCCUGGGCCACGCCGCCGGCGACUCAAUCCUCGGAUCAGCCCGACCUGACGCUAACGGGCGCCUUGCCCUUUGCCCUAACGCCUCAAGAGCAGCUUGAACGAGAGCUCAACGGAGGCAUCGUCCUUGUCGGCAGACCAGCUUACAAGGAGUGGACGUGGGGCCUAAAGCAAGGGUGGACGACGAGGUUGCCGCCGUCCCGUCAGGAUCUCGAUGAGCCGCUGGCGCGCGAGCUGUCAAACGAUGACAAGUUUGACGAGGAAGAAGUCGAGGACAAGACUGCCUUUGUCGGCGAGGUCAGCAGUGGGGAUGAAGGGGCUGAAGCAGACGGCGCCGGCGCUCCCUUGCCGAGCAGGAUGGCCAGCAUCAACCCGCGUAAUUUCAAUCCUGCCUUUGCUUCACCGCAAAAUUUUACCAACAACAGGAACAAUAGAGCGGCGGGGACGAACCAAGAUGAGCAGCAGCAGCAGGGCCCAGCCGUGAACGAGAGGCUCCUAGACCCUCCCAGCGCAAUUCCUGCGCAACCACCGCUCUGCUUUGUCGACUAUGUCAACCUCGUCGGGUUCUCCAAGAUGCCACGGCGAAUCGUGGGCUUCUUCAACCAGCGUCAUCGAGUGCUUCUCGGUGCCGAAGCUGGGCUGCAAGUCGCGCUGGGCGACAAGUCGACAGCGCGUCCCUUUGAUGCACCUCCUGAGCUGGAGAUCCGGAGCGAGUCUCCGCAGGGCGGUGACCUCGACUGGGGCCUCGAUUCGGAACGCUUCUAUCCUAGCUCGUUUGCCAAGACGUUGUCAGAGGUCGAAAAGGCUAGGUCCUCAUGGUACGAGGCGCUGCCGCGGCGGCUCCGGGAUACACGUACCCUGGUGCGAGGCGAGAGAGAGCCGACGGCCACGGAGAAGAACGAUCCACCCAAGACGGAGGGCGAGCUGCGAGAGGAGCGCUUCGCCAAGGAGCGGGAAUGGAGGAACCUCGCCAAUGGCUUUGACAUUCUCCGGCCAGAGAAUGGCAUCCAGUGGGACGAGCGCUUCAGGGACUGCCUGAGGGUCUUUUCGGCGUCCAACGCACCAUCUCUGUCAUCGUCAUCAGAGGAGCUGAAGGAGUAGAUAAUUGUACCUGUGCCAUAUCGCAACCUUUAAAUGCAACCAACUAGCUAGUCCCCGC